AUGGCGUCGAGGAGGCGGAUGCUUCUGAAGGUCAUCAUCCUCGGGGACAGCGGGUAUGGCUGUCUCGUUGGUUUUUGUGUAUUUAUUUUGGUUAAUCCUUCCUGCAAGUGGCUUUUCGCAGCCCGAUCUCGGUUUCAUCCUCUCGUAUCUGUAUUUCUCUAGAAGAUUGGCAUGAUCAUAGUAGAUGAAGACACUGUUUAUCUAGGAUUUUUAUCCUUUUUUUCUAUUUACUGACUCUAUUUUUGUUAACGCCUGUGGUUGAACUUUGAUAGGGUUGGCAAGACGUCUCUGAUGAACCAGUAUUUUUCCGAACCCUCCUUUUCUUUUCGUAAUUUUACUUUAUCUGAAAACGAAACUUUUUGGCUGACAAUACCUUCAUCUUCUUGGUAUAUUUAGAUAUGUGAAUCGGAAAUUUAGCAAUCAGUAUAAGGCAACCAUUGGCGCUGAUUUCUUGACGAAAGAAGUCCAGUUUGAGGAUAGGCUAUUCACACUUCAGGUGAGUAGUUUCAUAAUUGCGUUUCGGCAGUCUACCACUACAUUCUCCAGCUGUCUUUCGACGUCUAAUUCAGUUACCGUAUUCUUAUCUUUUUACAUCGAUAUCCGAGGUUUGAAUAAAAAAAUUGGUAAACAUGGGAAAAGCCUGCUGUUGAUUUCUACAUCUGCGGAUUGAAAACGUGCAAUAUCUUUGUCAAAUUUUUAUUGGGUAGAAAAUGUACACAGGCAAGUCUAGUUCCACCUAGCACACAUGGCCAUGUCCUAGUGCAGCUUUUGCGCAUCCAUGGAACCGCCCAUAUCGUCUAUGCCUGAAUGCCUUAGCAAAUUGUUUACUGUCUCCUCUAUGUGGUUCCUGCUCCUCUUGCUCCAACGACUGUAGAAGGUCACCCUUUCCCUCUUUUCUGGGGGUUGUGAGAGGAAAGUGAGUGUUAGGGAAGAGAGAUAUGGCACAUCGCACUAGGGGUUGCCCAUUCUGAUUCAUGAUGAAACCGUCUCACCUUCUCCUAGCUCCCUUUUGUAAUAUCUUUUUCUGGAGCUUGCAAGAUCCUUUCUGCCUCUUGGUGUAGCAAAUUUCCCUUCAGGCACCAUAUCUGAAGCCACUUCGCCAUUUCCACUAUGCUGCCAGACAUCUCAGGCUUCUGGGUGAUGAGCUCCACAUACUUCACCUUGUUCUACACCUAUGACUAAGUAAUAGAAAGUAAUUGGAAAUUGUCUGAUUAUUGAAUGUAACCUGUGAAAGCAUGAUGGACAUUUCACCCAGAGGGGGCUUUGUUUUUGUUGAUGCGGAGAAGGAAAUCUUGAACAAAUGUGGAACUUCGUUCCAUGUUGAUGUCAAUGAAAAUCGAAGGGAUUUCAUAUCGUUGUCCAUGACUAAGGUUCUAGUUGUAUGUGGGGAAUAUGUAAAUUAUAUGAACGUUUCGCUCUUUUCAGGUUAAAGUUUAUGUUCAUAAAAUGUAAGUUAUUCUUCGUAAAACUUUUGAUAAUCUAAUUUUAUAACGUGGCAUUGUCACUACUCUAUAACAUAUUUUGCAAAGUGGUAAAUCUUUUCAUAGUUUUUUGUAAGGUAUUAAAGAGGGUUAUUUUCCUCACCAGUUGGUCUUGCAAACUCAGAAAAUCCAUACUGAUCAUGUUUUGAGGGAUUGGCUGCUUCCUGAGCUUAUGCUCGACCAGUUUAGUUUUGGGUGACACUGUCCGGCGUGCACUCAUGAGAACUGUCUGAAAUUGGGAUCACACUGGGCAAAGAUCAACAAAGAAUUAGCUGAUCCAGAUUCUGUGUUCCUAAGGCCAGUUCUCAUCCUCAAAUUCUUCCUUAGGUCCCUUCCUAGAAGCCUUCAAAUCUCUUCCAUCCUCAGCUUUGGAGGACCAUUUUGCUGGUCAAGCAGGUUAGUUUUAUGCUCCCCAUCUACCAAUUCUUCAUUCCUUGGACGAUAUGUUCCUCAGGGAGACGUCAUUGUGUUAUCUUGCUCACUCGGAUAAUCCUAACACCUUUAGAUUAAAUGAAAACAACUCUCAUGAAUAAAAGGAAAAAAGGAUUAAGCAAAAAUGUCUUGAGGAAAUUCGUCUUCUUCAGGAGAAAACCCUUUGUAUGUGAUUGCCUUCUGCAUCUGAUCUUGUGUAAAUGGAUUGGAACAAUGUAUUCACUGAAGAUGCUUGUAAUUUCUGUGUUAUUGUCAGACUUUCUAAAUAAAUGAACGAUGCUGCACUGAAUUUGGGAACUGUUUCAUUAACCUUGUUUGCCAAUAAGAUUGUCUUGACGACGAGUUCAAUCUGCUUCCUAGGUUCCCAAUUGUUGCGUUUAUUUAAUUUUAUCAUCCUCGUCAAAUUGAGGGCAAACUACUUGUUCCUGUUCUGCGGACUGAAAUGGAAUUUGAUGGUAAUGAAGUUGCACCUUUUGGAACGCGAGUAAGAUGCUAAGAAGUAUACUUCGUUGAUGGAAGAAAAUCCGCACAUUAUUUAGUGAAUUAAAUUGAAAGAGAAUGAGGACAUGCCAUGUUUGAUGCCUCAGGAUAUGCAUUGCCGUCUCACUCGUGGCUUAUGGGUAUUUUUACAUCUACACUAGGAUCAUUGCCAUUUUCCCAGUAAUAUCAUAGGACGAUCGCACGAAGAACAUGACUAUUUUCCAUACUUAAAUCAAAACAGAUGUUAUUUAUGCAGAAAAUCAUCGGGCCAGUCUGUGGUUUCUGAUGUAAAUAUGUGACAGCUUGAUUUUCUAGUUUAGCCUUUAAUUUUAAUGAUUGUUCCAGUCAUCUAGAGGUGAUCCAUGUUCUUUCAUUUAUGAACGAAACCUCCGUAUUUGGUCAUUCCAAUCGCCUGCUAUUUUUUUCCUGCGAUCCAAUGAAAUCAUAGUCUGAAAAUUUUCCAGACAAGAUUCAAUCACACUUUCGGUAUCCGACCAAUGUUGAUAAUUGAAAAUUUCAUCAUUAUGGAUUAUUUUUUUUGGUGUGGCUCUGCUUUCUUUCUACUGCUACUUCUCGUUACCUGCUUUUCCUCUCUCUCGAUUUAUUCCUUUUUUUUUUUUUCAUGCCAUUCCAAUCUUCCAGAUUUGGGAUACAGCGGGACAGGAAAGGUUUCAGAGCCUCGGUGUUGCUUUCUACCGUGGAGCUGAUUGCUGCGUUCUUGUGUAUGAUGUCAAUGUUGCGAAAUCAUUCGACAAUCUGAACAACUGGCGGGAAGAAUUCCUUGUCCAGGUGAUCGAUCUUCUCCACCCUGGAACCCUAAUUCUUGGGUCCACUCUAUCCGUUUCCAAUUUCACCAACCCCCUCUCGUCAUCCAUUCCCAGGCCAGCCCAUCAGAUCCUGAGAACUUUCCUUUUGUGGUAUUGGGCAACAAGGUAGAUGUGGAAGGCGGAAACAGCCGAGUGGUAUGGCACUUACUAUGCCCUCUUAACACAUUCUCCCCAACACCAUAAGCGGCGUCUCUUCUUCAGUGUCCUCUUCUGCCUGUUGCUUCAGGUUUCCGAGAAGAAGGCAAAGGCCUGGUGCGCAUCCAAGGGGAACAUCCCCUACUUCGAAACAUCCGCUAAAGAGGGAAUCAACGUCGAGGCUGCGUUCCAGUGUAUAGCUCAGAACGCCCUCAAGACCGAACCCGAAGAGGAAAUGUGAGUACCAACAUUCUUUUUCCCUUCUUCCCACUGUUGAAUGCACCAAUUCUGACCACUUUUCAAGAUCACCGAUGGAGUUUUCCAUUGCUGGUGAAGAUACCAUAUGAACACUGAAAAACCUCGACAUUUUUUUCCCUUCUUCCCACUGCUGAAUGCACCAAUUCUGACCACUUUGCAAGAUCAGUGAUGGAGUUUUCCAUUGCUGGUGAAGAUACCAUCCGAACAUUAAACUACCUCAACAUUUUUUCCCCUCUUCCCACCAUUGAAUGCACCAAUUCUGGCCGCUUUGCAAGAUCAGUGAUGGAGUUUUCCCUUGCUGUUGAAAAUAACAUCUGAACACUAAACUACCUCAACAUCCCCCCUUCCUUCCCACCAUUGAAUGCACCAAUUCUGCCCGCUUUGCAAGAUCAGUGAUGGAGUUUUCCCUUGCUGUUGAAGAUAACAUCUGAACACUAAACUACCUCAACAUCCCCCUUUCCUUCCCACCAUUGAAUGCACCAAUUCUGGCCGCUUUGCAAGAUCAGUGAUGGAGUUUUCCCUUGCUGUUGAAAAUAACAUCUGAACACUAAACUACCUCAACAUCCCCCCUUCCUUCCCACCAUUGAAUGCACCAAUUCUGCCCGCUUUGCAAGAUCAGUGAUGGAGUUUUCCCUUGCUGUUGAAGAUAACAUCUGAACACUAAACUACCUCAACAUCCCCCUUUCCUUCCCACCAUUGAAUGCACCAAUUCUGGCCACUUUGCAAGAUCAGUGACGGAGUUUUCCAUUGCUGGUAAAGAUAACAUCUGAACAUUAAACUACCUCAACAUCCCCCUUUCCUUCCCGCCAUUGAAUGCACCAAUUCUGGCCACUUUGCAAGAUCACCGAUGGAGUUUUCCAUUGCUGGUAAAGAUACCAUCCGAACACUAAAAUACUUCAGCAUCCCCCCCUUCCUUCCCACUAUUGAAUACACAGAUUCUGGUCACUUUGCAAGAUCACCGAUGGAGUUUUCCAUUGCUGGGGAAGAUACCAUCUGAACGUUAAAAUACCUCAACACUUUUUUUUCCCCUCUUUCCACUGUUGAAUGCACAAAUUCUGGUGGCCACUUUGCUUGGACGGCGAUCGAAGAACAGGCUUACUGAUGGGGUUUCUUUUACUGCUGGUGAAGAUACUUCCCGGACACCAUCGACGUCGCAGGGAGUGGAAGGCAUCAGAGAUCCUCCGGCUGCGAGUGCUAG